AUGAAUUUGAAUGGUAUAGAUUUAUCAAAAGUUAAAUUUGUAGAGGUUGUGGAAGAUGAAGAUUUAGAAGAUUUCGAUGAUGAAAUGAUUGAUCAAGAUGGCGAGGAAAAUGAAGAUGAUCAAGUCGAUUAUGAAAGUGAUCAAGUAAUUAAAGUUGAAUCAUUGUAUAAUGACAAGAAGGAUAAGAAAAAUAAUAGUAAUGAAAAGAGAGAAAAGAAAACACUAGAGAUCAACAAAUCAAGAGCACAAACAACAACACAAAACAGAAAGCUAAAGACUGUGUUCAAGCCAGAGUCAGUGAUCGGUAGUAUCUACACAGGUGGACCUAUCAUUGUCAACAGUGAAGCAUCGUUCAUGAUUACAACAUGUUCUAAUCGUGUCUGUUUCGUCUCUACCGAGGAUGGAGUGGAGUUGUACGAACCAUUAGUAUUUGAGGCCAAGGUCACUGCAUUGUCACUCUCACCAGACAACACCAAGUUGAUGGUUGCACUCAAUAAUCUCCAUCUGCAUAUAUAUGACAUGACCAAGUUGGCUGGUGUUGCUGCCGAUGAAAUCAAGUUGGUCGAUGCCGACAACGACCAACAAGCCGACAAAACCGAUCAAAAAGAAAAAGAAGACGACAUUACCAGAACAUCCAGACUUUUGAUACGUAUGUGGAAAGCACACGAAGCACCCAUCUUAUCGAUCGACUUUCAUUCAUCGGGUGGUGUAGUUGCCACUGGAUCUGCAGAUGGAUCGGUCAGAGUUUGGGAUAUCGAUAAGGGAUUCUGUACACAUAAUCUUAAAGAUGAUUGUGGUGUUGUUUCCAUUGUUAAAUUCCAUUCAAAGACAUUGAGAGUAGUUGCAGUAAGUGAUGACAAUAACAUUAGAGUAUGGGAUCUAGUAACCAAACAAAGAGUAAUAUUAGAGAAUCAUUUGGCACAGAUUUCAGGUAUUACUUUUUCAAAUUCAAAAGAAGAACUAAUUUCAUGUGGUAGAGAUAAAGUACUCAGUCUAUGGGAUAUGACAACACUUAAGCUCAAAAAGACUGUUCCAAUAUUCCAAGAGUUGAGUGGUAUAAUCACACUUCCAAAGAGAUUUUUAAAUAGUACAUCAUUACCCGAGAAAUUGCAAGCAAAAAUAAAGGCAAUUAGAACAAAAUUAUCUGCAAAUCCACAACUUUCAAGUAAAGUAUCAAAGGAAGAUCUUACAAUUGUUGUAGGUGGAUAUGAUGUUAUGCGUGCUUGGUGUAUGGAGACUGGUGAAUCGGUAUGGAGAGAAGACGGACUUGAAAAGAAAGAUCAAAAAGAUAAUGAUCAAGAUAUUGAACCAUUGUUUACCUAUACACAUAUAUUAAUCAUUUUAUUUGAAUUGUUAUUAAUAUUAAUCAUAACAUCUAGACAAUCAAAAGAUAAGAUCAUUUCAGUUACCUCGGAACAUAAUAUGAUAGUAUAUGAAUGCGAAUCAUUCGAUAGAGUAUCCGAGAUUAUUGGAUACAACGACGAAAUUGUAGAUAUAAAGUAUUUGAAUAAAACAGAGAUAGCUGUUGCAACCAAUUCCAACGAAAUAAGAUUAUAUGAUUUAAAUACAAAGAAAUCAAAGUUAUUAAGAGGACACAGUGAUUUGGUCAUGGCAAUCGAUGUGUCUAAUGAUGGAAAGUUGUUGGUAUCAGCAUCACGUGACAAUUCAAUUCGUUUGUGGAAUGUCGAGACUUUGGAGUGUCUGAGUGUUGGAAAUGGACAUACCGGAGUGGUCUCUGCCAUUGCAAUGUCAAAAAAGUCUGGCUAUAUCAUCUCUGGUAGUUUAGACAGAACUCUCAAACUGUGGAAGUUGAACGGAAAGACCAAGCAGCUCGAAGUGCAAACCACUGUUAUUGCUCAUGACAAAGACAUCAACUCGAUUCAGAUUGCACCAAACGAUAAGUUGGUUGCAACAGGUUCACAAGAUACCUAUGUGAAGCUAUGGAAUGCUGCCGAUCUCAAAUCGGCCGGUGUCAUCAAGGCACACCGACGUGGUGUGUGGUCCGUAGACUUUUCUCCGGUCGAUCAAUGUCUUCUUUCGACUUCAGCAGAUGGAUCCAUCAAGAUUUGGUCACUUGCCGACUUUAGUUGUCUAAAGACCUUCGAAGGUCAUUCUGGAUCGGUUUUGCGUGCAACCUUUAUCAGCUAUGGUAUGCAGAUUGUCUCUGUAGGUACCGACAGUCUUGUCAAACUCUGGACUAUCAAGACAAACGAAUGUGUCAACACAUUUGAGAAACACGAUGCUAAAAUCUGGGCAUUGGCUGUUACACCUCAGAAUGACCAACAGCAAUUCAUCACCGGUUCUUCAGACUCUAGAAUUAUCGUAUGGAAGGACUAUACCAUAUUAGAGGAGAUCGAGAAACAUCUUAAAGAAGAAGAAGCAAUUAAAAAUCAACAAUCAUUGGAUACUUCACUUAGACAAAGAGAUUUCAAGAGAGCAUUAAAAUUGGCAUUGAUUCUUAAUCAACCAAGACAAUCACUCAAUAUCUUUAAUAUGAUGAUGGAAAGUGAGAAUGGAGAAGAUCUAAUCAAGUCUACACUAAAAAAGUUUGGUAAAUUGGAUAUUGUAAAGAUUUUGAAAUUCGUACGUGAUUGGAAUACCAAUUCGAAAUUCGUACCAGUAUCUCAAAUUAUUUUAAGAUCAAUUAUGACAAUGUAUUUACCAAGUGAGAUAAUAAAGAUCCAUGAAUUACCAGAGCUAUUGGAAUCACUUAUCCCUUACAAUGAAAGACAUUUCCAGAGAUUAGAUAGAAUAUUACAAAAGACUUAUCUGUUGGAUUUUACCAUUUCUUCAAUUAAUCCAGCCGCAUCAGAUUUACUGAAACAAAGAUAA